AUGAACACCAUCCCACCCCGUAUUCAAUAUCAUCCAGGUGUUCUUCUACCUGAUCCUCCAUCAUUCGCAUAUCAUCUUCAGUUUCGACUGGGAGGUGGUGAUGAUACACCACCUCAUGCGGAAGAUCCAUCACCGCUUACGGUGCCGAAAGCGACAGAUACCACUGAAAUACAGCCUAUUCAGACAAAUCGGAAAGGAGAAAAUAGACGUUAA